GGCGGAGCCUCAGAUGAGCAGAUAGUCAGUGAACUUUGUCAGUUGUUGUUCAGUUUGUGCUGCAGCUUCACAGGAGACCAAGAGACUCUCUACAGCCGAUCAUCCGGAUGUUCUGACUCCUCACAGUUUUCAAACCUUGAGUUCUGUUUGUUGUCUGCAUCCAUCAGAACCUCCUUCUACCGUCUGCCCCACAGCGCCCCCUACUGUCUCCCCUGUACCUCCCCCUGUAACUCCCCCUGCAGCACCAUCAUCAUCACCAGUCAUGGGCAGCACCCCGAAGAGGUGGGUGCUGAAGCCCUUGUCCCCCCUCCUGCAGCCCUCAGACCUGCGGACCAUCACUGGCCCCACCCCGGAUGACUCCCCCAACCUGGACGAUCCAGAUCUCAGCUCAAACAUCAUCUCCAUCACCUGCAGCCACUCGUCUGUGGUUGUCUCCUCUCAGCCUGGUGACGGGUCCCAGGACGUGGUGGUUCAGGCCCGGCAGGUCGCGGUGUCACAGGACAGAGGGAGCAUCAGUGAUGAGUGGCAUCCCAGCAGCCCAAGCUGCCCCAGCAGUCCCAGCAGCAGCACCGGGUCUCACUGUGGCUUCUACUCAUUUGUGGAGGAUCCGACGAGUCCAGAGGCUGAGCUGAACGAAGCCUGGAUGGUCUCGCCACAGCGACAGGCUCAGCUGGCCACCCUGAAGGAGGAAAAGGGAUUCAAACUACAGACCUACACCAGCAGCAGGAAGCCAGAGAGUCUGUUCUCAGAGGACGAGUCACUGUACAAAGUGAAUCCAACAAACGGCAUCAAAGUGGUCGGGGAGGAAGAGGAGAAACACCUUCGUAAGGAAAUCAUCCGCAGCCAAGCACCAAAGAACCCAACGUUCAAAGAUCAACUGAGCACUCUGGAGAAUCUGGAUCUGAACAGGUCUGCAAACAGGAUGAUAGAAGGUUUCAGUGUGAGCUACAGUCCAGUCAGCUCCAGUCCAGAACCUCCCCGGUCUCCUGAACCUGGAACCAUUGACAACAAGCAGAUCAACUUCAGUGCUGCUCGACAACAGUUCCUGAAGAUGGAGCAGGACCGGCUGAUGGCAGUCCUCAACCCUCUGAGGUCCUUGAAAACACACCUGAACUCGUCUCUGCAGGAAGAUCCUCAGCUGGUGUCCCCGUCGAGGUGGGUGGAGACGUUCGACAGGGUGGAGGAGAGAGAAGAUACAACUCUGUUCAAACCAUCAGGCGAAAGUGACACCCACCCAGAGAGGAAGGUGAUGGUGUGCCGGACUGAGGAGAGUCUGAGCAGGCAGAGCAGUGUGUUUGAGGACCUGGACUCUGGCUUGGAGGAGCUGUUGGUGGACAUGGGUGGUGGCUACACCAGCGAUGACGGUGUGUUCACUGACAAUGCUCAACAAAAGAACAGGAGCUUCAAGUCCAUGAGUGUGUAUGAGACCCCAAUUGAAAGGGAGAUCCGGUUAGUUCAGGAACGCGAGGAGAACCUGCGACGCUCUCGGGGCCUGAAACACAAUGACGGCAAGGUGGAGAUUGUCAAGAUCAAAACCAAACGUUUACAGUCGCCACUAACGCCCAUCAGAACCAAAGAAAAGACCAGAGUCAGCUUCGUCAUCCAGAGAGAGAUCCAGAGGAUGGAGGAGCCGCAGCAGCAGGGUGGGAUCCGAUUUGACCAAGAUCCUCCACAGCAGCUGGACAACAUCAAGUCUGACCAACAGGACGGCGGGCCAGAGGAAAGACCUCUGGAGUCUGGAGACACUGACGUCUUCCCGUCUCCCUGCUGUCCUCAUCGACACCCAGAGGAGAUCGAGCUGUCCAUCAGUCAGAUGAGUUCAGCUCCUUCCUCCUUCACUCGGGACUCAAGAGGUUUUCGAAAGGAUCUACUGACAUCUUCAUCGUCCCGCUCCUCCUCCCCUCACUCAUCACCAACACCUCGGUCCUGGAGGGAAAACCUGGAGUCCACCGGGCUGCAGUCCAUGGGACAAGGAGCUCCAGACUUCAUCGAGAAGGAGAUCAAGGAGGCUCUGAGACGAGAGCAGGAGCUGAGGGAGCUGAGGGAGUCCAGGGAGAGAACCAAUCAGCAGUCCUCCUCUCCUGCUCCUCUGGUGGAAAAAGCAACCAAGAUGGCCGUCAGUCAGUCCUACCCACCUGCAAAUACAGACAAACCCGUCAGUCUGUCCUCCUCCUCCCCUCGUCCCUUCGUCCGUCUGCCGUCAAUCUCCUUCAUCACUGCUCAGCCUUGGACCCCCUCACCCCGUCCUCACCCUCUCCUCCCACCCCCCCUGCCCUCCUCCUCCUCCCUCUCCUCCCCUGUAGGGGUGCGGUCGGCCCCCCCUCUUGUCAGAGGUCUAACAGAGACCCUGCUGCAGGACUUUGAGGACAGACGAGUGAAGCUGAAGCUGGAGGAGAGCGCAUACGCAGGAAUCCAGCCGAUCGACGACGUCAACAACGAGGUUGUUGAGUCGACUCGAGUGAUUCGACAUAAAAACCAGCGAGCUUUGCGAUGGGAGGCUGGAGUGUUUGCCAACCAGGAGGACCAGUGAGACCAGCGGGACUGGGACUAGGACCAGGACCUGCAGGGGGACUUUGAAAUGGUUUGAAACUGGAACACUCCGACAGAAUGUGUUGCUCCUGAUUGGUUCUUCUCGGCAUCCAGUCAGCUGCGUUCAGAUAGAUUUACAGAUUUAAAAUGAGUGAAGCAGUUUCUGAUGAUUUUUAACCUGAUUGUAAUUAACAUCAAGUCAAAGUGAUGCAAAGAAUAAAAAAUAUUUUUCUGUC